AUGAACCAUGCCUCCGACGCGCUGGCCUUGAGCCCCCCAGCAAUGGUUCCCGACAGUGAACCAGGUCCUACGCCCACAAAAGAUGGACUGGAUAGCACAGACCGAGAUGCCGAUUCGGCGCAGGAUCCCCCCGCGUCAGAUGCGAUAGACGAGGACCUGCCCAACGAUGAGAACACGACGCCUCCAAUAAACUUGACCAAUGCCCUUGCAAAACAAGACCAAUCAGAAGACCCCCGCAGGGCCAGCUCACAAUCUGGUGCCGACAAUCCAGGCAACAACCGGAGCACUCCUGGGUCAGGGAACAACUCCAGCCUCUUCAGCAACCCCCCAAACCUGUCGCGCAUACGAAGAGUCUUGUUUGAAUGCAAGGACCCGAUUGAGAUUAGCACGAGCGAAUUCGAGACCUACUGGCCCUUUAUUGACAAUGUCUGGGUCAAGCAGAGGUCGAAUUCCAGUAAGGAAGGCCACUGCACCACGGACUACUAUAUGUGUCGCCUGCGGCGCCCGACGCACCGUCCAUCCGAAAGCCGUCCAUUGCCUGAAGGCAAGCGUCCACGGAAGAAGCGUGUUCGGGAAGGGGGCCUAUGCAACUUCCAAAUCAAAGUAGUGCGCUUCGAAGGCGCAUACUCGACGGUCACCAUUGCCCGUACCCCCGGCAGCAACAGCGUCCAUUCGCACGACCUCGACCAUCUCGACCGAGUGAAGCGUAACUCGGGGGUCGUGGAAUAUGCCCGGAAGGAGUCGGUCAAAGGCUAUCUGCCAUCGUCUAUCUACACCAAACUCCAGGAAGAACCCGACGAGCUCGCGGAGGCCGGCGGGCGGUUUCUCACCGUGACGGAUGUGCGCAAUGUCUCCGCCAAGUGGCGCCUACAAAACCCCGAUGCCAAGCUUGUUGCACACGAAGGCUAUGAAUAUCAAAAGGGAUACGGAAUUGUUAAGGCUCAGAACGCCGAUGGCGUUCAGGAACGACCAGCGAGACCGACAGCACCUCAAACUGCACCGGGUGCCCUGGCCUUUCCCCAGUUUUCUUUGGAGUUCCUGGACCCCUAUCUUCCCAACCAUGACCAGCCGCGUCGACUCCCUCACGUCACCCUAACGUACGCCGCAUCGAUGGACUCUAUGAUCUCGCUCCAGCCCGGCAUGCAGACGGUCCUCUCGGGACCCGAGUCCAAAUUGAUGACUCACUAUCUACGCUCGCGCCAUGACGCAAUCCUCGUGGGAGUGGGCACCGUGCUGGCGGACGACCCAGGGCUGAACUGCCGGCUGGACGGAGCCGGGGGGUAUGGAGGUCUGGGACGCAUGUGGCAGCCACGACCAGUGAUAAUUGACCCCAUGGGACGGUGGCCGGUCCAUCGCGAAUGCCGCGUGCUCCGAACCGCCGUGGAGGGGAAAGGCAAAGCUCCCUGGAUUGUGAUCUCCCCCGCGGCCCAGGUCCCGCCGGAGAGGGUGAUGAUGCUCAAGGGCUACGGGGGCGACUAUCUUCGCAUCGUGGAAUACAACGAGGGCUGGCGUCUGCGCUGGGAGGCCAUCCUCCGGGCGCUCGCGCUCGAAGGCAUCAAAAGCGUCAUGAUCGAGGGUGGCGGCACAGUGUUGAGCGAGCUGCUCAACCCGGAGUAUACCAGCUUUGUGGACUCGCUGAUUGUGACCGUGGCGCCUACCUAUCUUGGACGCGGCGGAGUGAGCGUCAGUCCCGAUUCGAAACGCAACGAGGACGGGCAGCCCAGCGCGGCGCUCAAGCCUCAGCAGGUGCGGUGGACGACAUUAGGACAGGAUGUGGUGAUGUGUGGACGGGUUCGACCAGACGAGUAG